GACUGCCCACUGGGGAGCGAGGGAGAGGAAGAGACCGAUUUGGAAAGAUAGCGAGGAGGAGGAGGAGGAGGAGAGGCAGCGGGAAACCCAGCCCACCCUUUGGCUUCCUCCUGCCUCCUUCUAAAACCUGCAGAUUCCUCCAGCCUGUCCAAGCUCCUGAAGUUUCCUCAGCCCUGCUGCCGGGACUGCGAGGGUUUGCUGAAAGAUGAGGGUCUGGAUUUUUUUCCUUCUCUGCCUGGCAGGCAAAGCCCUAGCAGCUCCGCAGGAGGCUCUGCCUGAUGAGACAGAGGUCAUCGAAGAUCCCACCACGGAGGAGCCCGUGGGGGCUAACCCUGUCCAGGUGGAGGUGGGAGAGUUCGAGGAACCCACUGAGGAUGUAGAGGAGAUUGUCGCAGAGAACCCCUGCCAGAACCACCACUGCAAGCAUGGCAAGGUGUGCGAGGUGGACGACAACAACUCGCCCAUGUGUGUGUGCCAGGACCCCUCCAGCUGCCCAGCCACUGCCGGCGUCUUCGAGAAGGUCUGCGGCACUGACAACAAGACCUACGACUCCUCCUGCCAUUUCUUUGCCACCAAGUGCACCUUGGAGGGAACCAAGAAGGGACACAAGCUGCACCUGGACUACAUUGGGCCUUGCAAAUUCAUCCCCGCCUGCCUGGACACAGAGCUGACUGAGUUCCCCCUGCGCAUGCGGGACUGGCUCAAGAAUGUGCUGAUCACCCUGUAUGAGCGCGACGAGGACAACAACCUGCUGACCGAGAAGCAGAAGCUCAAGGUGAAGAAGAUCCACGAGAACGAGAAGCGCCUGGAGGCCGGUGACCACACCGUGGAGCUGCUGGCCCGUGACUUUGAGAAGAACUACAAUAUGUACAUCUUCCCCGUGCACUGGCAAUUCGGGCAGCUGGACCAGCACCCCAUCGAUGGGUACCUGUCCCACACCGAGCUGGCCCCCCUCCGUGCCCCCCUCAUCCCCAUGGAGCACUGCACCACCCGCUUCUUCGAGGCUUGCGAUCUGGACAACGACAAGUACAUCGCCCUGGAGGAGUGGGCCAGCUGCUUUGGCAUUAAGGAGCAGGACAUAGACAAGGAUCUUGUGAUCUAAACCCCCAGCUUCCUUCUCUGCUGCCAACUUUGUCUUGUUUUAACCUUCCCACUUCCUUUGGUUUUUAAACCGCUUUUGUUUUGUUUUGUUUUUUCCCUGGGAACAAGGUGCUAAUAUAGAUCUAAACUUAUGUAGUAACGGUGCUAAGAGAAAUAACAGUCCUCGUUCAUAGCCUGAUCUAUUACCACUAGAUUACUCACUUGGCUGUUUCUACACGCUCUUACCAGCCCUUUCUCUCUCCGACGUGUCUUUACCAUUGACCGACCCCAUUCCUGUCCUAAAUAUCCGCUCCGUCUCAGUAUCCGCUCUUGGAUCGACUUCUCUUAACUUCUUACUAACAACACGUUCUUGGACACGUCAGCGUAGACACAAAGACCUCUCAGCUGAUUCACCGCCCCCAGUUACAGACCACCAGAAAGGGAAGGCAGAGCCAAAGGAUGUAGAAGGAUUGGGCUUUUCGAGCAGAGCAGCUGGGGGUGACAUUGUGGUCACCCAGCUCAUGGUAGGGGUAUGGAGAGGGGUGAGAAAGACAUAGAGUGGCAGGAUUUCGUGUUCCUUUUUUUUUUUUUUCAUUCCCAGGGCUUGAAUUUAACAAUCAUUGGGCACAAAAAAAAGGGCUAAUCAAACCAACAAAUAGGAAAGCGCACAAAAAUUAAAACAAAUAAAAAGAAACGCAUCCCAUCCUGUAAAAUCCCCUCAAAAAAUAAAGGUUUGAAAGUGCUAUGUGCUUUACCAUUACUCAAUGACCAUACUGCUGUUGUGUUUUCUGUGCUGCAAAGGGAGAUCGGGUGCAGCCGCCUGUUCCCCCGGGGUGCGCGUGGCUGACCUUGCUGUUGCGAUUCUGCCGUAGCUGAGAUAAAGCUCUUGGCUCUCCCCAAAUCACAGUGCCCUUGAGCACUUCCCACCUCUGCCUUGGUCAUGCUUAAAUUCCAGCCCUGCUUUCCCAGGGAAGCUGUGUCAGGCUUGGAAGGGACAUUUCUGCUCAGAAAGAGGCAUGCUUGCCACACGCUCGAGGGAAAGGCUGUAAUAUUUUUUUCCUGUUGUGGAUUUUGGGGUUUAAGGAAUGAGCAGGAGGGAAGGGAGAAGGUAUUUGGAUUUUGCUUUAUAGAGAGGGUCCUGACAGGAGCAAAGGUAUGGUUAAAUCUCACAGGCUGAGAACUCUUUUUUUUUUUUUACCUCUGAAUGUUCCCUGUGCCUUAUGUUAUUAAAUUCCUGCCACAGUGUGAGCAACCUGAUGAGUCUCUGUAAUAAAAAAUACUGAUUUGAAACACUGACAAUAAACAAGCUUGCAAUGUU